AUGGGUGAUGCGAAGGUAAAGCAGCAGCCCUUUUUCGGGAAUCAAAUUCACCAUCACCAUCAUCAUCAUCAGACUCACGAAUCGCCCUCCGGUACAACAUCGAAAGCAAACGGUACCGUUACCAUGGAAACGGUAGUUAUGGAUCCAAAGCAUGCCACAGGUGGGCUGUUACCGGUAAGCCCCCAACAACAACCAGGCAAGGAUACAAUGAGCGGUAACAACGGUACACCUGUUGCGGGAAAAGACAAGAGUCCUGCUAGUCUUAAGUACGAGCAGCUGAAACUUCGCAAGCAAGAGCUAGAAAAGCGCCUCAAUGAAAAAUAUAGCCAACUGCAGCAAAUAAAGCGCGAAGAAGCGCAACUGAUUGGGAUGUAUCCGAGCGAUUUCAGCUGCGGCAUCGGCCCAUCCAGUUCGUCCGAUGGGGUGAAUGGAACGUCCGGAACGGGUAGUGGCGGUGCUGGAACGGGCAACGGAGCUGCGCCAACGUUACGACGCAAAAUCGGUACCAGCUUUAAGCUGCCGGAAAAUCUGCUCAACAACAAAGAGGACGACAUUAACAAACUGCUGCUGGAGAAACAAAUACAGCAGCAAAUAUCAGAAGCAUCGCUGCGGUUGGCGAACGAUACCGGCCAACCCAAAUCCGUACGCCGAACGCAUAAACAAAAUUACGAAAUGGCCCAGCAGAAGCUGUUAGCGAUCAAUCAGAACUUAAGCGUACUGAAGAAACGCCAACAGCAGAAAGAGCAACAGCAGCAGCAGCAACAGCUAAAGGACCAGCAGGCACAGCAAGCCAAUGAUCAUCGGCCCACCUCACGGGAUGAUAUCGAUCUGCAUAAAACGGCCCAGGUGAAUCGGUUCCGAUCGAACAGCAACAGCAGCAGCAUGCUGAUGCACCUUUCCGAACGGCGCAAUUCUGUCAAAUCCAAUACCUCCUCCAAUGCGUCCGGUAGCAUUACGGGGCAUCAUAUGAUGCAGCAACAUCAGCAUCAUCAACAGAUGCUACAGGUACAAAUACCCGGUGGUCAUUAUCAUCUUUCGCAACAACCGCAGCAUCAGCAACAGCACCAGAGUCAACAGAUAUCGCCUUACUCAAUUCACAGCGGUAUUAUACCGUCCGGUUCGCAGAGCAUGACAUCGGCCGCCUCGGCUGCCAUGAUAUCCCAGCUCAGCAUGCUACGGCACCGUGCCCGAACGGAUAGCUUCCCGGGUAUAGCGACAAAUUACGAUUCCGCCUCGGCUGGUUCCGGCACAACGGAGCAAAGCCUUAAAAUGUCGCCGCUCAGCGGAAGUGGAAGUAUUGCCAGUGGAGGCAGCAACAUGCAGCAAGCAGCGUCGUCCACCCACGGCCAUCAUCAUCUACAUCCGCAUCACCAUCACCAUCAUCAGAUCGGUCCGGGACCGGGUAGAAUGAACAGACUGAUACAGCAACAAAUGGGGAUGAAUUAUAGUCCGCCGGCUCCGAGUGGCGCCAGCACCACCACCACUCCUGGAUAUGUGCUCUCCCCUACGUCAGUUGGAGUUUCGCCGGGCGGAAACGGAACCGGCCAGGCGUUCGUUUACGAUGCGAAAGUGAUCUCAAGGCUGCAAGGUGGUGGCGCAGGUGUUAACAACAAUGCUCGCUCACCGCAAGCAGUGAUAGCGUCUUACGGUCACAUUGUAAAUGAUCAGAACUAUUGCCCCAAUACGAUGACUGCUGCGGGACAAAGCGUAACUACUGCAGGUGGAGCUCCUGGGUAUGACUACACGACGCACGAUCCAGCAGCGUCAUCUGUCCCAGCCGGUCUUGGAGGAUAUUGGAUGACGCUAGAGAACGGUGAAAAAGUAUGGUGCUCCGUCGAUAGUCGUCAGUUUUCGAGUCUUGACCGUAAGCAACAAAGUACCGGUGUUGGUGGGAGUAUGAAGCUAUCGCGUACGAGCACCAAGCUGAGCGGAGGUGGCCCCAAAUCAUCGGGCCAGUUCGGUGCAGUAACACCGGCUGUGAAAUCUUCCUCCCUGGGUAACUUCCAGGAGUAUAUCGGGAAAUCGUCGUCGCUGGAUGACAAUGACAUGAUGUCUGUGCAGCCGGAUGCCAUCUCUGUCACGUCCGGUUCCAGCGAGCAUAAAAAGCGCGAGAAGGUAUGGCGCGAAACGUCACUUGACAGUCCGGUGGUGAAACAUAAAGCACUGCCACCGGUUCCACCUUCAUUGUCCGGGCAAGGUCAGAUGUCACCAUCGUCAAUCGGUAGCGGACAAUUGAUGGGUUCACCGCAUGGUGGCGUGGUACCACAGUCCCCGCCAUAUAUUCCACCGAUGAGUAGCAAUCCUUCCACGGCUCCACUACACAUUAACACGAACGUUUCUGGGUACGGUGGACCAUGCUCGCCUUUGCUACUUUCGCCACAACAGAUGCGUUACUAUCAGCAACGACAGCAACAGCUGCUGGAACAACAACGGCAAAGGAUAAAGCUGCAACAGGUGCAACAGCAACAACAAUUUCACACCGUCUCAAAGCAACAGGAAUCCGUGUCGCCCCGGUCACCGAUGGGUUCGAUAGGUGGUGGAAUACGUAAUUCAUAUCAAUCGCAACCAGACCCUCCAAUUAUGCCACCCUACCAGUCGCGACAUCAGCAUCCGCCACCUCCUCCAUUGCCACCACCGAACCAACACCAUUAUCACCAUUCGCAGCAGCUGCAGAAUCGGUUGCAGCAUCCACCUUCAACGCCUGCCCAACCACAACAUCUGGACCUCUUGCCAUCUAUUUCCGCCCAUCAUUCGCCCUCCCUCGGUCAUCAUCGUGCAACGAGUGCUCAGCAUCAGGCCGAUUCCGGCUAUUAUCCGCUUGCAGGACAUCUCUCCAACACGCUCUCCUCCCGGCAUCCGGAUCUGGUCAUUUCACCCACGCUAUCGCAAGCAUCCUCCCACACGCUUACCUCCGUUGUGCAGGCGUUACCGGUCAUUGGAGGUUUAGAAGAAAACGGACUUUCUGGUCCAUCCUCGCCAACACCUUCCGCCGGUAAGGUACAGGGAACAGCAGCCGCGCCACCAUCCGACAUACAGAUGGAAUCACCCAAAAACAUGACCGUUGUCCAACAAGGCAAGAUUAUGCCCUACAAGGAGGUGACGAAACCGUUUGAGAUGUCCGAUUUCUACAAAUAUUCCACCAAAUACCGGCAAAAGCAGCAGCAACAGCAGCAGAACCAGCUGCAACAGUUGUCCCCAUCGGAGGUGGGUAGCCCGGUAGGGAACGAUGGUGAUCCGGCAGGUGGUGGUGACGGCAUUCAUAAAGGCAUCUACCAGCCACCUAAUCGGUCGAUCUGUCAACCGCUCGUGAACCACUACAACUGA